UCUCUAAAAUUCAGCCGUGCCAACGGGCUGACCGUGCCCCCUGCCAAGCCCCUCUGAGUUAUAGUAGUUAGUGAUGGUGUUCCUCUCUCUCACUUCCUGCAGGUAUAGAGACGCCUCCUCCCGUUUGUCCUGUACAGAGAGUUCCUUCCUGGCCUCCAUGAUGUCGCAGAACCAAUCAGAACAGAGCUCUGACAUCCUCAGUCAGGAUGUGUUCAACCAGCUACUGGAGAUGCUGGACCAGUCAGCGUUCCACUCGUUGCAGCCCAUACAGCUGAACGUCUCCGACAGCCCAACAGACAGAGAUGGACCAGCAGGCAACACCAUCCAGAUCAGCAUGGACUGCAUCACCAUGCAUGAGGGCCAGGAUCCACUGUCUUCACAGUAUACCAACCUGGGGCUGCUGAACAGCAUGGAUCAGAACAUCCAAAAUGGCAGCUCUACCUCCACCAGUCCCUACAACAACGACCAUGUCCAGAACAACGUGUCAGCGCCUUCACCCUACGCCCAGCCCAGCUCCACCUUCGACGCCAUGUCCCCCUCCCCGGCCAUCCCCUCCAACACAGACUACGCUGGGGGACACACCUUCGACGUCUCCUUCCAACAGUCAUCCACAGCCAAGUCUGCCACCUGGACGUACUCUACAGAGCUGAAGAAGCUGUACUGUCAGAUCGCCAAGACGUGUCCCAUCCAGAUCAAGGUGCUGACCAACCCCCCGCAGGGCGCUGUUAUCAGAGCCAUGCCCGUUUACAAGAAGGCAGAGCACGUCACCGAGGUGGUCAAACGCUGCCCCAACCACGAGCUCAGCCGCGAGUUCAACGACGGUCAGAUAGCCCCUCCCAGUCACCUGAUCCGAGUGGAGGGUAACAGCCACUCCCAGUAUCUGGAGGACUCCAUCACGGGCCGUCAGAGUGUGCUGGUCCCCUACGAGCCCCCCCAGGUGGGCACAGAGUUCACCACCAUCCUGUAUAACUUCAUGUGUAACUCCAGCUGUGUGGGAGGCAUGAACCGACGCCCCAUCCUCAUCAUCGUCACCCUGGAAACCAGAGAUGGUCAGGUGCUGGGUCGGCGGUGCUUCGAGGCCAGGAUCUGUGCGUGCCCUGGCCGGGACCGUAAGGCGGACGAGGACAGCAUCCGCAAGCAGCAUGUUACUGAUGGAACAAAGACCAGUGAGGGUAUGAAACGCCCCUUCCGCCAGGCCUCCCAUGGGAUCCAGAUGUCCUCCAUCAAGAAGAGAAGAUCCACAGAUGAGGAAGUGUUCUGUCUGCCUAUUAAAGGCCGUGAAAUCUAUGAGAUUCUGGUGAAAAUCAAAGAGUCUUUGGAACUCAUGCAGUUUCUGCCUCAGCACACUGUGGAGUCGUACAGGCAGCAGCAGCAGAACAUCCUGCAGAAACAAUGGGAUCUCUGGGGGGAUGAGAGUAAUGGGCUGUAUCCUCCUCUCCCCUGCCCCAGGAGCUCCACGGCCCUUCAGCCGCCGUACGGCUCCAGCUCCCCUCCUCACCCCCACGGCAAGGUCAACAAGCUCCCCUCCGUCAGCCAGCUCAUCAACCCCCAGCAACGCAACACACUCACCCCUUCCUCCAUGGCCCAAGGCCUGAAUGACAUGACUCCGAUGAUGGGCCACAUGGCUAUGAAUGCUGACAUGUCGGCCCUGAGCCCCGCACACGUCCUGCAGCCUCAGUUACCCAUGGUGCCCAGCUCUCACUGCACCCCCCCGCCUCCCUACCCCAUGGACAGCAGCAUCUCCAGCUUUCUUCUGCGGCUGGGCUGCGCAGCCUGCCUGGACUACUUCACAGCACAGGGCCUGACCAACAUCUACCAGAUCGAGAACUAUAACUUGGAGGACCUGUCCCGGCUGAAGAUCCCCCAGGAGUUUCAGCACAUCAUCUGGAAGGGCAUCAUGGAGCACCGGCAGAGCAUGGAGUUCUCCCCUCCUCCCCACAUCCUACGUACCUCCGGCGGGGCCUCCACCGUCAGCUUAGGGUCCUCCGAGGCCCGGAGCGAGCGGGUCAUCGACGCUGUGCGCUUCACCCUGCGCCAGACCAUCUCAUUCCCACCGCGCGAUGACUGGUCCGACUUCUCCUUCGACCUGGACUCCCGACGCAACAAGCAGCAGCGCAUCAAGGAGGAGGGGGAAUAGAGAAACUCUCACACACUGGGAGGAAUUUCAAUCUAAGGCUGUUGACAAGCGCACUGCAACAAUGGGCCUGUAAAAGGCCAUUUCCCUGACGUUCAGAGAUCGGCUUUUACAGUAAACGCUGUGGAUGUCGGCUCAAGCGCACAUUACCAUUAAAAGUCGAGUGCAGUACGCUUGUCGGCAAUGGGCCUUGGAUUGAAGCCCUGCCUCUGUCAUACACCUGUUGACCAACCACUCCCGUAUAAUGGUACAGAACUAGGAAAUCUCUGCUCUGGGUCCAGCUUCUCAAAAGCAUCUUAAGGCUAAGUUCAUUGUUAGAACCCUCGUAGGAGCAAAACCAAAACCAUUGUUAAAGUUGUUUACUGACUGCCCCAGACCAGCUAAGUGCAUCAUUAGAUGCAUUUUUUUUUAUACACUCAUAAGACUAAGUUACAUCGCUAUCGGGAAACCGGGCCCUGGUCCUUAGUUCAGAUAUCCUAAAGAGCAAAAAUACUAUGCAAAUAAAAAUGCACUUAUUUCAUUUUAUUUUAUUGAAAAGCCUUCCUUAGCUGCCAGCUAGAGGAUGAGAGAAAUUGUGUUUUAGAAAAGAUACAUUUCAUGAUUUUUGAGACAAAGCGCUUAAAUGCUUUUGUGAUUUCUUUGAUAUUGUUUCUUAAUUGUUCAUAAUCCAUUCCAAUGUUAAAGCAUGACUUGAGAGGAAACCUUUUGGGGAUUUGUUGUUGGGCCAUAGAUGUAUGGCCAGGAUUCAAUCCAAAGCGCGUUAGACAGAUGAGACCUUCAAAAUAAAGAUAGAAAAUUGUAUUUA